UCUGACACUCCGCAAGAACCACCAAACCAUCUCAAUGUGACAACAUCAAUCGCACAACCAUCGUUGAGCCUUGAUUUCCAAAUCGAAGAUUCAACCGAGAGGAACGUCCCGCGGGCCCUUGAAGAACAUGCCUCCUCCGAAACGAAAGCGUGCGAGCCAUGCGCCGGACCACGAUAGCAAUGCACGCAACAAGCGAUUCGCCUACCUCAAGCCCCAAGUCAGGCAGGUCUCUGAGAGGACCAUCAAGAGCAAGUGGUCGACGCUUCCAGAACCCGUUCAAGACAAAGUUCGCGAUAUGUUCCGAGCCCUGGAGCGCCCUGUCAUCAUGCGACAACAAAAUGAAAGCAAGCGCAUCGAAGCGCAGGCCGCCGUGCAGGCCGUUGUGAAAAAUUUGGGAAAACGACUGCCGCGAAUGCCGUUCCCCCCCGUCGCGAAAGAUUCCGUGUUUGAGUACGAAGCAGCUCUCAAAGAACAUUCUUCGUUAGAGGCUGCUUUAGCUACGAUGAAUGAUAGUAUCGAUCUAUUGAAGGUUGAGGUAGAGAAAGAGGAAGCACUGCUUGAGAAAGAGAGGAAGCAGCUGCAGGAGAUGGAGAGAAAUGCAAAGGGAGUUGAGGCAGAAAGAAAGAGGCAGAUGAAGAAUGAACAUCCGGUGCUACGGCAGUUGAGCAACGCUCCUGAUAACCACGAUUCGAACCAGUGCGGAUUUACCAUAGCAAAUGAUAACGACGCACACGUUAUGUUUGAUGAGCUUGAGGCCGAUCCAGAAGUUCUUGGUCUGUUAGAACAGUUGAAUGGCCAUCUCAAGUCGAUGCAAAAUAACACGACUCCUCUGACUGGCUUGAGCGAUGCUGUCGCCAAAUCUCAAGCGGCGUUGAGUUUGACUUUCCUUCCUGAAGACUGA